AUUGAGUGAGAAAAAACCCAUCAAAAUAUGAGUGGAAUUAGCUCAAAUCUGCUACUAGUGAUAGUGAUCAUAGCCAUCAUCUUCUUCCUCUUUGGCAUUCUCCAUCUCCUCACCAGACACUUCAUGGCCACUUCUUUUGCUUCUUCUUCUCAUCAAUCCCGGGAAGACGAAGCUUCGUCUUCUUCUUCUUCUUCUUCUCCGGCCUCCCAGCUACAGCACCUCUUCCGCCUCCACGACUCCGGCCUCGACCAGUCCAUCAUCGACGCGCUCCCCGUCUUCCGCUACAGCGAGGUCGCGAAUGGCGGCUCCGCCGCGGAGCCGCCAUUCGACUGCUCGGUCUGUCUCAGCGAGUUCUCCGCGAGGGACUCGCUGAGGCUGCUCCCGUUGUGCUCCCACGCCUUCCACACCCACUGCAUUGACACGUGGCUCCUCUCCAACUCCACCUGCCCCCUCUGCAGGUCCCACAUUGGCUCUGCAGCGGCGGCAGUGGAGACAGGGGGAGGGGGCCAUUCGUUGUCGCCGCCUGUCUGCGGCGACGAGGCGAGAGAUCACAGGACCGGAAUUAGCAAGAGGGUUUUUUCGGUUCGGCUGGGGAAGUUGAGAAGCUUGGUCGGCGGUGGUGGUGGUGCGGCGGGAAGCGGCGGAGGCGGCGGUUUGGAUGGGAGGAGAUGCUAUUCAAUGGGUUCUUGCCAAUACAUUGUGGAUGAUAGAGAGAUGAAGGUAGUCAAGGUUGAUCAUCAUGGAGGAGAUUAUGAUAUUACUAAUGACAAUUAUAACAAUAAUGAUAAUGUUGGGAGCAAGAGGAUUAUUAGUGCUAGAGCUAAAGGGGAAAGCUUUUCUGUUUCCAAGGUUUGGCUUUGGUCCAAGAAUAAUAAAGGUAAGAGCUCUUCUUCAUAUGUAAAUGGUAAUGGAAGUUCUCAAUUAAGUUUGAUUGUGUAGAUUUAUUAGUGAUUGAAGAACCAAGAAAAAUCCCACAGAAAAAGAAAGAAGAGGAUCUAUGUAUGUAGGGAGGAUUUAUGAUGUUGCAUUUUCUUUUAAUUUUUUUUGUUAUUAUGAGAAAUUGUUAAUUUAGUCCUUUUGUCGUUGUGAUUUUCGUGAUGGUGUAGCCAUUUAUUGUCUGUAAUUUACGGUAAUUCUGAUCAUCGGAUAUUGAAAAAACUGAGCAUCUAAUC